CGCGAUUUCAUCAUCACCUCUAUUCCAGAAGAUUUUCUGGUUCUUCUUCUCCCCCGCCAUCACCUGUUCGCUCGGCGAGACGACUUUGCGAUUCCACUGUUUCGAUAAUGGUUGUCGUCUCUCGAUAGGACUAUGGCGACUGUGACGGGCCUUGUCCUUAGCCAUGUCCUCCCCUGGCAGCAGAACGUUGCGCUGUUCUACCGAUUGCUAUUAUGACCUUUUAGCAACCUUUAUCCGACAGACUCGGCCACAAACGCGAACGAGACUACGCGAUGUCGAGCAACAGCGUCGAACUUUCCACGACUACUUCGUCACCCAUCUCCCUUCUUCCUCUCUUCAUCCCGACUCCCGUUCUCUGACCGGCCUUGCCCACAAGUUCCCACGGCAAGCCUCCACCCCGCACACUCCUGAUGGCAAAUCUGCCCCGGCCACGCAUCCAUCGAUUUCUCGAGACACCACCGUUGUGCGAAUCCCCCUGAAGAGUGCCAAACAUCACUAUGGCGCAUCCGUGUCCAGAGGUAGCAGACCUUACAAUGAAGACUCCCACCAAGCAGGCGUCAUCGAGCUCCCUGCAUUUGCCAAAAAGGCACCGCGGUCCCUCACCUUGAACAAGACUCCAGGAGAGGGCACUUCUGCCGAAGGCGCGUCCGGCGAUCCUCAGGUCUUCUAUUUUGGCGUCUUUGACGGACAUGGAGGAGCAGCGUGUAGCGAUUUUCUCCGGGAAUCGCUGCACGAGUAUAUUGAGAGAUCGGCCAAGUCAUUUGAGUUAAGGUCGAGCUUGAAGAAGCUCGACAAAAAGGAAUGCGGAGAUGCGCCAAUGGUUGGGGGACUUGACGGGGACGAGAAGCAACAAAAAGAGGGAAGGAAGGUACUUGACAACUUAGACGUUAGCAGGGACGAUCGCAAGCCGGAGGAGAACGUCGAGUCCGAGGGUGGAAAGACCCAGCCAUACCCGGGCGACCCUCCUCUCAUUCAGAGCGCCAACAAAAGGAACAUUCGACAGUUGGAAAAGGAGCUGACAAAGAACUGGAAAGAGCUCGUGGGCGGCUACUUUCGCCGUUUCAAGCCGGCCUACUUUUCUAUCUACAGUGGCUAUCAGAAAUUGGGUGAGGAGUCAGACCCCAUGAGGCAAGCGGGCGAAGACAUCACCUGUGGUGCUGGCAUCGAGGAGGUCAUGACCUAUGCUUUUCUCAAAGCGGACUACGAUUUCGUGGCUGCUCAAGCAGCAAAGAACUCUGAAAGCGCAGACAACACGAGAGCUGAAAGACCACUGAACGAAGGGGAUAUUCUGGGCGAACCUAGCAGGGUUGCGGCACACAUUGGCGGACCCAACAGAUUUAGAGGUGGAAGCACUUGCAGUGUGGCCAUGGUGUCGACGCCGUCGCCUACUCCCUUUUGGAAUCCUGCGACCACGUCGACCAUGCUAGUGGCUCAUGUUGGGGAUACAAGGAUCGUUCUUUGCUCUACAGUGACAGGGCAGGCGAUCCCCCUUACCACGAACCAUCAUCCAUCGUCACCAAUGGAGAGCAACAGACUUAGAAGGUAUGCGGCGUCAUUUGUGACUGACUCUUUUGGCGAAGAACGGAUCUUAGGUCUGGCCAAUACUCGAGCAUUUGGAGACAUCGCGUCGAAGAGAAUCGGCGUGAGUGCCGAACCUGAGAUCAAGAGGGUGGAAUUGGGGCCGGCCGAGUAUUCAUUCCUGGUCUUGAUGUCGGACGGCGUGUCAGGCACGCUGGAAGACCAGGAAGUUGUGGACAUUGUCAAAGAAGCCAAAACGCCCGAGCAGGCCGCGCGAGACGUGGUCAAUUUUGCUACAGAAGUGUCUACCGAGGGGGACAAUGCCACUUGCUUGGUGGUAAGGAUGGGCGGAUGGGAACGACGACAAGAAGGCGGCAAUGGAAGCCUAGGCACCAAGGAGAUGCGAGAGUUCAAGAGACAACGGGCAUCUGAUCCGCGGAGUCGACAGCAGUAGGAGGAUGGAUGGCUGGUGGGCAUUCUGUAGGCAGACUAUUUCAUCUGGUGUAAAUAUAUACUCCUUAACAUCCGGUCUACAAACUUGGAGAUGCAACCAUUUG